GCUGAAAGUUACGAGUCGAUGCAGACCGAUCGUUGUGUAACAAUGUGAAGCUAACCUAACGCUUUAUUAUUAUUUUGGUUAGUAGCUAGGUCUGCACGAUUGCGAGCAUCAGUGUCCGCCAUGAGGCAAAAUGUGUCGGAAGUGAAGGGUAGAAAAGGUUUCUUUAAAUUUAGAUACAAUCUUAUAGUGGACGGUAACGAUAAACAGAGAAAGUGCUCGAAAAAUCUUGCAACAAGAGUAGCAUUCACCACAUGUAAAGUAUUCACAAUAAUAUUCACUGCUAUAUUUGUUAUAUUGCCCUUAAUAUUUAAGUAUUCCUACAAGCUCCAAAGUGCAGUUGUAUUUUUAAAUUUUCUUCACAUACCUAUAAAUGCUGACUACGAGCACCCUGAAAAGUAUGGUCUAGAGAAUGCUCGAAACUUUUAUUUAUUAACAGACGACAAUAUAAAGAUAGGUGUGUGGCAGAUACUUCAUCAAAAUAUAACUUCUUCUACGAAUUAUACUGACGAUCAGUAUUAUGAAGAUAUUUUGGGAAAUGGUGAGAAUGUUAUUAUUUACCACCACGGAAAUGCUGGAACCAGAUUGACACCUCAUCGAAUAGAAUUGUACAAAUUCCUUAGGAAAUAUUUUCAUGUGAUUGCAUUUGAUUAUCGAAGCUACGGUGACUCUUCAAAUGUAGACCCGUCGGAACCAAAUAUCGUCAAAGAUUGCAUGUUUGUUUUCAAAUGGGUAGCUAAUAGAACAAAUGCUAAUAUAUUUAUUUGGGGUCACUCAUUGGGAACUAGUCUUGCAACACAGUCAGUGGUACAAUUACAAAAUCAAGGAUACAAACCUACUGGAUUAAUUCUGGAAGCGCCAUUUAAUAAUAUGCGGGAGGAAAUUAGCGAAUUUCCUUUAGCUGGGAUGUUUAAAUAUUUGCCUUGGUUUACGUACACAGUGGUGGAACCAAUGCAAGCGAACGGUUUUACAUUUCAAACAGAUAAAUUUAUUUGUAAUGUAGAUGCUCCAAUAAUUAUUUUACAUGCUGAGGAUGACCAUGUCGUCCCAUAUAAAUUGGGAUAUAAGCUUUAUCAGAAUGCAUUAAGAUGCAGACAAGGCGCGCAAGGUAAACUGUUAUUUGUUAAAUUCGAUGAAGGUCAUAAUUAUAAUCACAAAUUUAUAUGUAGAGCUCCAGAACUUCAUGAUAUUAUCAGUAACUUCAUUUGUGAAGCAAUUAGCGAAUGCCGAGAAAAGAAACUAUUGACUGUUUAAAACAGCUUUAAAUUAUAUUUAUGUGGGGGUUUUUAAUGGCCAAAGAUAAAAUUUAAAUAUAGGUAUUUAUUUAUAUAAACGUAAACUUUUUUUAGUCUAGAUGAAUUGAUAAUCAUACUGUGAUUUAAUCUAUGUAUUACCAUCGGUACCUAUAUAAAAAUUUUGUACAGAUCUAAUUAAAUGCUCAAUAAAUUCUCGUA